UGCAGAUGGCAGGAUGUUGUCAAUAAGUAUCAUCAGUUUUUCUAUUAUAUUCUGUGGUUUUAAAGCUGUUUUUGCCGGUCAAGACUCAUCUAAUGAAUCUACCUGUAUCGGACAUUCCAUCCAAAAAUACAAAAAAAAGACCGCCAUAUGUUGUCUCCAUGGAAUUGAACCAAGAUACAAUGGUGAUGGUCAAGAACAAGACUGCUGCUUUAACCAGACAUAUAUAAUUGGCACUCAGCUAUGCUGUGAGAAGUCAGUGGUUUUCAAGAUAACAGAAAAUGGGGGAGAGACAAAAUGCUGUGGAAGUUUGCAGUAUGAUCCUAAAGAUGGGACAAAGCUGUGUUGUAACGGCAAAUUGCAUGAUAAGAAACUUGGUGAACGAAGUUGGUGCUGCGGACAAAUUAAAAUGGGCAGUAAUAAACGAUGUUGUAAAGAUUUACACGGAGAUGUUGCAAUCCAUAAGAAGAAACCACAUAUGAAAUGUUGUCAAACUGAGUACUACAACAAACGGUCACAUUACUGUUUUAAGAAUAGAAAAGUCCUACCAUUACAUCAAAAACUUUGUGGAGACCAGCUAUACGACACCCGUAUUAAUAAAUGUUGCAUGAAGAAACUGUAUAAUAAAAUCAGCGAUAAUGAUCCUGACUAUGAUUGUUGUGGAGUUGUGGUUUUCCAUAAGGCUAAGCAGAAAUGUUGCAGUCCAACUAACUUGAUUCCAGUGACAACAUCCUGUUGUCAAAAAGGGUCUUAUAAUAUAAAGACAGAAAGAUGUUGUGAUAAUGGGCCUCUACAAUUCCAAAAGCUUUCAGAGCAGUGCUGUGGUGCUACAUUGUAUGAUUCAGAAGCUCAGGGAUGCUGUGGGACAAGAUCGUUUAAUAUUUCCACACUCACAUGCUGCUCAUCGAGCGGCAGUAUCAUAGCUAAAUACACUGAUGAGAAGUGUUGUGGGAACACAAGUUACAACAGUAAAGCAAACGUAUGCUGUGAUUUCCAAAACAAAAUAAAAGUUGUCAAUAAAUUGGAAGAACAUCAUGAUAGCUGCUGUGCAUCUGGUAGUAUGGACAUGCCACGGUCUUAUUCUAGAAACACUCACUACUGUUCCCUUGGAAAAGUGAUUUCAAAUGACAAGAAGAUGUGUGGAUCAUUUGAAUAUAACAAAGACAGCGAUAUAUGCUGUCAAGGCGUAUUUGAAAAAGAUGGUAAACUGAAUGGAAGAAAAUGCUGUGGAGUAGGAAGUUUUUCAAAAGCAACACAUCACUGCUGUACAAAUAAAAUUUACUCCAGAAUGGAGAAAAGAAGAUGCGGCAAAGAACUUUCAAAUGAAUUCCAAAACAGACGACUAAGAAGUAUAAAGGCUUCAACUUCAGGAGUGUGUCGAAUUUGCAAAGUUUCUAAACGAUUUUUCGUCAAAGCUUUAAAAUCAAAUGACUUUGACGUGUGCAAACGACAAGCACUGAAAGUCAGGAUAAUAAGUCAAAGGCGUCAUUUGGGUAAGCGUAGAAUAAAAAUGAUCAUUCAGGCAGACCUAUAUUCUGAAAAAGACUUUGAAAGAAAGGAAAUAGAAGUUUUACUGCCUUGUUCAUGUCGCAUACGUACAUCUAAGGCGAUAUUGAUGACUGAAUUGGAAGAUUUUCGUGAAACUGUUCGACUUGGUGACAGUGAUAUUCUUCUUCCAUGGAGAUCGAGUGUAAGAAAAAAUGUUCUACGACAAUGGAAAAAAUGUAUAACAAAGAAAAACGACUUAGUAGUAAAUAACAUGUUAGAAAUCAAAUCAUUUAUAGACUACAAGUACAAUAAACUUACUAAAAACAAUCUAGAAUAAUUUUGUUAGGUAUCUUAAUGAUGCAUUAAUUGAAAAGGGUGAAUUUCUUGUCUUAUCAAAAAAGAUUUGCUUAAAAUUGCUAUUGAAGAAAACGUUGAUUGUUUGAAGUGAAAAAAAAAGAAAAUUUGACUUUUGUACUAAACCGGUCGAUUUUAAUAGAAAAAAAAUAUAUUUGAAAAGUUUAAAAUAAGGAAGUAACGGCAUGACACAAAAUUUUUACCUACAAAAUGAUAUUGAGAGAGGGGGUAUUGAAAUCGAUUUACGUAUAUCUUGAGUGAAAAGAAAACAGAUUUAGUUUUUUUUUUCUUUUUUUUUUAAUUUUGAUUGUUUAUGCUAUUUUGUGUAAUUAUUCAGCGCAACUCUUCGGACGUCAAUAACUCAUUCGUCAAGUAAAACAUACAGAGGUUGAGUAGCAAAGAGGACCGUUAGAAUAUAAAAGGGUUGAACAAACCGCGGAUGUACAAGAAUAACGAAGCCGAACUUUUCACACAACAAAAUCGCAGAACAUUCAUUUUCAACUGAUGCACAUUUCGACCAUUUCAAUUUCCUUUUAACAAUCUCUGAAUGAAUCUCUUUGAAUCUAUAAUAUUAAAAUUUGAAAGGACCAAUCCAAUGUUUAGUUAAGAAUUCCUAGGUAUAAAGGUAACGAUAAAUGUUUCUGUCAUGUUUUUUUUAUAUCUAAAAGCGCGUUGGACACAUGCAAUUUAUAACGUGUUGUUUACAUUUUUUACAGCACUGGAUCGAUACCUCUGCUGAUGUACUAUCAGUCCCCGAGAGUAUCAUCAGCUCAGUAGUCCGUACCUUGGUACUGACAUGAUUUAAAACAAUCCUUACUAAAAUUGUCAGUUUAUAAAUUUUGAAAUUUUAAAGAAACUAAGAUUUCAACUCCCUCAGGCAAAGUUGAGCUUAGAUAGAUUUGGCUUUUUUUUUGGUUCCUUUUUCGUCAUAUAGCUCUUCAACUGUUUCGGUUCUUAUACAUCAUUGGCUUUCAAAUAUUCGGCUUUGAACGUUCCUGAUGAAGGUAAAUCCAGAAAAGCGCUUUGGACGCAUGCAAUUUAUAACGUGUUGUUUUCAUUAUUACAAGUCAACAAACAAGAGACUUUGUCAACCCCUGAAAUAAGUAAUUUCUCCUUAUUAUACCAACACAUUGAUUGUGAUCAAUGGAAAAAAUGUAUAACAAAGAAAAACGUCUUAGUAGUAAAUAACAUGUUAGAAAUCAAAUCAUUUAUAGACUACAAGUACAAUAAACUUACUAAAAACAAUCUAGAAUAAUUUUGUUAGGUAUCUUAAUGAUGCAUUAAUUGAAAAGGGUAAACUUCUUGUCUUAUCAAAAAAGAUUUGCUUAAAAUUGCUAUUGAAGAAACGUGAUUGUUUGAAGUGAAAAAAAAAGAAAAUUUGACUUUUGUACUAUACCGGUCGAUUUUAAUAGAAAGAAAAUAUAUUUGAAAAGUUUCAAAUAAGGUAGUAACGGCAUGACAACAAAUUUUUACCUAUAAAAUGAUAUUGAGAGAGGGGGUAUUGAAAUCGAUUUACGUAUAUCUUGAGUGAAAAGAAAACAGAUUUAUUUUUUUUUUUUUUUUUUAAUUUUGAUUGUUUAUGCUAUUUUGUGUAAUUAUUCAGCGCAACUCUUCGGACGUCAAUAACUCAUUUGUCAAGUAAAACAUACAGAGGUUGAGGUACCAAAGAAGACCGUUAGAAUAUUAAAGGGUUGAACAAACCGCGGAUAUACAAGAAUAACAAAGCCGAACUUUUCACACAACAAAAUCGCAGAACAUUCAUUUUCAACUGAUGCACAUUUCGACCAUUUCAAUUUCCUUUUAACAAUCUCUGAAUAAAUCUCUUUGAAUCUAUAAUAUUAAAAUUUGAAAGGACCAAUCCAAUGUUUAGUUAAGAAUUCCUAGGUAUAAAUGUAACGAUAAAUUUUUCUGUCAUGUUUUUUUUUAUAUCUAAAAGCGCGUUGGACGCAUGAAAAUUAUAACGUGUUGAAUGCAGCCCAUUUCAAUCUAAAAUUACGUUUAUUGGCAUUCAUUUUUUUCCAGAAAGAGAUCGAUUUACGAUGGUGUGAUGAGAAACGUUCCUAAACCAUAUAUUUGGUAUGUGUUGAACUCAAAGCAUAUCAAAAUAUUCAUCCAGAAAGAAAUUUAACUUGUCAAAGAUAAAAUCAUUUUUUAACAUUUCAUAUUUUUUGAAACUUUUUCACUAAUGGAUUUUCUGUAAAGUUUAUAGUAUCAGCAGAGAGAGAGAGAGAGAGAGAGAGAGAGAGAGAGAGAGAGAGAGAGAGAGAGAGAGAGCACCUGAAAAUUGAUAAUUUUAUCAAUUGUAAAUAUUUUUUUAUUAUUUUGAUUGUUCCUUUUUUUUAUUUUGCUCAAUUUAUUAUUUAUUGGUAUCAUAUUGGUUAUUGCGAUUUUGUUAUGUUGUUGGAAAAGUUUUUUUACAAUAUUUAAAAUGAUAAUUUUACAUAAGUAGAUAAAACAAGGCCAGUUCAAUAUUUUAUUUACACUAUUCAAAUCACUUUUUGUAACCUGAAUGUCUUUACAAAACAAUUUGUUAAGUUUUAUAUUCUAUGUUCGGUUAUGGCUAUGUUAACUAUGUCAUCUUUUAUACCAUCUUGUAAAAUAAUUUUUAGCCAGUUUAAAUGUUAAAUGUUAUUCUUUAAACAAUAAAAUUAGAAAACAAACAGUA